AUGCUAUCAAUCGAGUUAUGGAAUAUACUCUUGGCUGACCCUCGAGAUAUUACAGAGACAGAAUCAACGACACUGGAGGCAGCUGCAGUGACGGAGAGAGCUUCUAAAUAUAUCGCUCAGCAUCUGUAUCAACGUACUGCGUUCCUUACCGAGAUCGACAAUGGAAUCCAGAUAGACGAUGAGACAAUAUGGGAUCGACUACGAACUUUCUGGGAGUUUCUUUCAUACAUAUUUGAUCCUUCUAUCCAAGAAUACUCUUUGACGGCCGUGGAAUGCAACGUAGCCUUGGCUUUGGGUUUGGGGAGAUUGCAACGUAACCUCAUCGCUGGUGUGUACCGAUGGCAGGAAUGUGCCAUCGACUCCGAGCCAGCUAUACGAAAGUUGUUAUUUCAUAUUACAACCUUCACCCGGAUUGAAGGUCCUCUCUUUUUUCCUCUUCAGAUAGUCCUGACUCAACUCUUAUCAAACCUCCUCUCCCCAACAUCUUUGGGAGUGGGUGAAAGAUUCGUCGACACACAUUUAACGCUAUAUCAAAGUGGGAAAAGAGACGACGAUGUCAUCAUUCGAUUACUUGACUCUAGAGAUGUCGGGGUUAAUCUGGUGACAUUGCAUUUUGUAGCCAAUCUGACCCGAAGAAGUCGACGGCGAUUCGGAACGCUCUGGGAAGGAGUUGGUUUGAGUUGGACUUCAAAAAUCUUAGCUAGGUUGGACGAUUGGUUGAUUUUACAUGAUGGUAGAUUUGACGUGGCGUACACCCUAUUUCGGCCCAUCUUCGAAUUCUCACUCCAACAGCAUGCCUAUACAUCAUUGGCCUCACCUCCAGAACCUAUCACCCCUUCUCAAACUGUUUUACUGAAAUUAAUCGACCAUUAUCUCUCCUCACCUCAUCCCAACCGUUCCCCUAGCCCUCAUUGUUACUUCAUUGAUCUAUACAAAAACCUCUCAGAAUACUCUUUAGCAUCACUCCAAUCGGGCAAGGACGAUGCCAGACUUCCGAAAGUGUUCGAAGGGUUGAUACUUGUUUUAGAAGGUUUGUGUAGUAUUGGUCUGGCAUGUCAAGAGAGGUCCGAUCGAAGGAAGAGCGGGAACCAGCAAGUUCAAGACAAAGAGGGAGGAGAAGAAGAGUUAAUAGGUCUUUUGAGAAAGAAUGAAACUGGAGUGAUUAGACUUUUGAUCGAGCUUUUGAAACAACUCGAAACGUUUUUACCAAGACGUAAACAUUCUUCUCAACAAACCGACACAACCAAAUUGAAUGAAGAACAAAUCAGACCUAUCACUUUACUCAAACGCAACUUAGUCCGUCUAGUCGGGAUCCUCACAUUUGAAUCCAUCCAAACUUCCGACCUGGUAAGAGAAUACGGUGGGGUUCAUCUGUUAUUAUCUAUGACAGAAGUUGACGAAUUGAAUCCUUAUCUAAGAGAACACGCUCUUUUCGCAGUACGAAACCUCAUGUUUCAUAAUCCUCAGAAUCAACAGAUUAUCCAACAGAUGAAUCCCGUCGGAGUACUUGGACCUAAUGGAGAACUGUUACCUGUACCUGGAAAACUUCAACGCACCGAUGACGAACGUCAUCAAAUUUGA